CUCUGCGAUUUGUGAGGAGAAACUUGAGGGGACGAAUCUUGCUCUACCUUGAUUUUCUCUCGCAAAAAAUUCUCAAACUUGUUUUUAACGUUAGCUGAAUACUAUCGCUCAUUUCUUCCCGCAGAACCCUAAUCGAUAACUGAAGCCAUUUAAUCAUGUUUGGGCGUGUUCCAAAAAAAUCUGAUAACACCAAGUUUUAUGAAGUACUUGGGGUUCCCAAAAGUGCAAGUCAGGAUGAAUUAAAGAAGGCUUAUAAGAAAGCUGCAAUUAAGAAUCAUCCAGAUAAAGGUGGAGACCCCGAGAAGUUUAAGGAACUGGCUCAUGCUUAUGAAGUUCUUAGUGACCCAGAGAAGAGAGACAUAUAUGAUCAAUAUGGUGAAGAUGCUCUUAAAGAGGGAAUGGGAGGAGGCGGUUCUUCUCACAACCCAUUUGACAUAUUUGAGUCAUUUUUUGGUGGGGGAGCCUUUGGUGGCGGUGGUAGCUCGAGAGGAAGAAGGCAGAAGCGAGGUGAAGAUGUGGUGCAUGCUCUUAAAGUUUCUCUGGAAGAAUUGUACAAUGGGACAGCAAAAAAGCUCUCUCUUUCCAGGAACGCAAUAUGCAGUAAAUGUAAAGGGAAAGGUUCAAAGAGUGGAGCCUCCUCUAGAUGUUAUGGUUGCCAGGGCACAGGAAUGAAAAUUACAACACGGCAGAUUGGACUGGGCAUGAUCCAACAGAUGCAGCAUGUUUGUCCUGAAUGUAGAGGCUCAGGUGAGAUGAUCAGUGAUCGGGAUAGAUGCCCACAGUGCAAAGGGAACAAGGUUACUCAGGAAAAGAAGGUGCUGGAAGUACAUAUUGAGAAAGGAAUGAGAGAUGGUCAGAAAAUUACAUUUGAGGGACAAGCUGAUGAGGCUCCAGAUACAAUAACUGGAGACAUUGUUUUUGUAUUGGAACAAAAGAAACACCCCAAAUUUGAUAGGAAAUUUGGGGACGACCUUUAUGUUGACCACAAUCUCAGUUUGACAGAGGCUCUAUGUGGGUUUCAGUUUGCCCUGACUCACCUUGAUGGCAGGCAGCUCUUAAUUAAAUCGAACCCUGGCGAGGUCAUUAAGCCUGGUCAAUACAAGGCUAUCAAUGAUGAAGGUAUGCCUCACCAUCAGAGACCUUUCAUGAAGGGCAAGCUAGUCAUCCAGUUCCAUGUUAUUUUCCCAGAAUCUGGGGUAUUUUCACCUGAGCAAUGCCGGAAGAUCGAGAGUAUAUUGCCCAUGAGGCCUAGUAAGCAUUUGACAGACAUGGAGCUUGAUGACUGUGAAGAGACUACUUUGCAUGAUGUCAGUGCUGAGGAGGUAAAGAGGCGGAAGGAACGACAGCAUAGGCACCGUGAAGCUUAUGAUGAAGAUGACGAUGACGAUGAGUCAGCACCAAGAGUGCAAUGUGCCCAGCAGUAAGAAAUGUUUGCGUUCAAUGUUUUGCCCCUCUUAUUUUAUAGCAGCAGCUAGCUUAGAUAACUACAUAGCCCAGAACUUGUAUGCGGUUUUGUCUGCAACCAGCACAUUAAAUUGGUGUUUUGUCUCUUUAUUUUUUAUUGUUGCGUUCAUCUCAGCAUCUUGCGUUAUUUUAUCACAGUUUUCCUCGACAUUUCAAGGAUCUAUCUACUAUGUUCAGAUGCUAUAUUUGAUGAUUAUUAGAUGUAAGUUUCUUGGAAUGCCUACUUCAAAUUGUUGAA